CAGAUGUCAAGUUUAUUUAUCUCUGCUCGCCGUCAUUUAGAAGCUAGAGUGAAUAAUAUAUUUGGGAAAUAAAAGCCUUGUCGGCAAAAAUAAUUAUAAUAUAUAUGAAAAAUUGUCAGCCUAGAGACGUGUUUAAAACUACACAAAAAAGUCUCUUGAGAUUAAAAAAAAACGGUUUUUCGCAGAAUCGACGAUCUCCAAAUAUUCUCAGAUUCUUGCCUCCGGAGCAACCCCCUAGGAGGUUGAUGAAACAGCGUAUAUAAACCCCUACUAAAUACGUACUCCAAAAUUAUUUACUAAUUAUAACGCAAAGUGCAUAUGUUAAAUUGCUGCGAUGUGGAGUGAUAUUUUUUUAUAAAUUUCAUCGUGGUUGAACUGACUUUACUGUUGUAAAACUUAAAAUUAUAAUUGAACAAUAAUGGGAAAAAUUUGUGGAGUCAAAAGUUGCCCAAGUGGGCGAAAAAAUAAAAAAAAUUAUCUGUCCCAGCCUUUAUCAUUUUUCCGACCAACAACACCAGCAAAAUUAAGAGAUUGGUCAAUCGCUUUGGGAAUUAAUCUAAAAACCACUCAUUAUAUUUGUCACCUUCAUUUUAAACAGGAGGAUAUAAAAAUGUUCGAAAAUUUCACCAUUAAUGGAAAAGUCACGAUUUUACCUACAGGGAAAAAAAUACUACGAGAUGAAGCUUUGCCAACAAUUGAACAUCAGUUCGUUCCAGCCAUUGAACUCCAAACAGGCGUCAUAUAUAUACCACAAAAGUCAAACCCCGAUGACAAUCAAACUGAAGAGGUAAAGCAAAAUCAAAUACCAGACAAUGAGCAACAGGAAUUAUUAAUUGUUCAGGAAGUUUCUAAUAAUUUAAUAGAUAUUGAACACACCGAACAUAACUCAAAAGAACCAUUGUUGAAUCAGGCUCGCAAUGAUUUACAUAACAAUAAGGACACAGAAGUAAAAACACAAUCAGUAGAGAAUUUCUGGGAUAAUAUUCAAAAAUCUUUGAUGCUGCCUCAGUUUUGGCUGUAUGUAAAAAAACCUAAUGGUCUCGAGUUUAUCCGGACAGAUCCAAUGACCGGUCAAAUAAAAAACCAUUUACGCUUGAAUGAGGACACAUCAAUUACUGUUAUUCUUAGAAAUAAUGAGGAAUUAAAUUUGAAAGAUAAAAUAACUCCAUUAAACAGCAUCCAUGAUUACUUAAAAUCUGUAGAAAGAUGGCCUUUGUGUGUUGGUACUCAAAUUGAAAAUAACAAGUAUUCUAAACUGUGUAAAGGAGUGAUUAUUGGUGAUGAAGCUUACAAAAGAAAUCAACUGAAUGCUAGAUGUAAAUCUUGUCGAAUUUUACGCCAUCGCUUACAGAACCGGAAAUCUACUUCAAAGAUUCUAGGAAAAACUCCUAAAGGAUGUCCUCAUCUAUUUAAACAAUGCAAGCAUCUAAAAAGAAUGGACAACAACCAGAGCUUACCAAAGUCGAUUAACUCUGCACGCACGUCACUAGCGACAUCUAGUUCCAAAAAGGAUCUUGCUGAAGUAAUAAACAAAAACCCGUUUAUAAACCUCGACAAUAAGCCUGCUGCAAAGACCCAAGUUAAUGAUAAACGGCGCUCUGAAAUUCAAACUACUCAGCUUAAUCUGGGACAUGAAUUUCGAUCGGACAAUGAUAGUGCUGUACUACCUGUAGUUCCGGCCGAAGAAAGUGUUGUUCCUGGGCCAAAGAAUUUUUCAUGGCAGAAACCCAACGAAGUAGUCCACAUACUGGCAGAUGAUGUCGAAACAGAAGCAGCCGCGAACAGUUUGUCUAUGUAUUGGGAAGAUGAGGAAGCAUCGCUGCUUUCGGAACAGCUCGACGGGAAUCCCAAAGGACGCGAGGUGUUCCGGUGCAACGUGUGUGACGUCGCCAUAGUCGGGUUCCGCUACACGUGUGUGCAGUGCAGCGACUUGGACCUGUGCGGCGCGUGCGAGGCCGACGGAGCGCACCACCAACACUACGUGCUGAGGGUUCCCGCCGACAAACACACGGCCGAAGUCCAGUUAGUGGUGGCUACUAUACAACGGCAUCUCAUGAGGAAACUGGAUCCCACGUCACAACACGACCAAAAUCAGAGUGACGUUAUAAGUCUUAAAUCAGAAGUAAAGUCGGAAGCAGAGGAUUAUGAUAAUGAUAGUAAUUGUGAUGAUUAUAAUGACGAUACAAAAAAUGAAGCACCUAAAGAUGUAAUGAAAGGAUCAUCGUCAUCGGGACCACAAACGGAAGAUUUUGACCGUCAAGCUCACAACGUUGACAGCGGUGACGCGGCGACGCGGGGGGAGUGCGGGGAGGGGCGACAGGGGGUGAGCGUAGAGUCGCAGGAGAACCCCAAAAUUACAAAAAUAUACUUGAAGAUGGCAGACUUUAUGAAAAUGAAAGAACGCGGAUUGCCGUGGGUACAGAUACUCAAUUCAAAUAAAACGUCGAGUGUUGAUAUGGCAGAUGCGCAGCCAUCGAUUAAUGAAGCAAUUGUCCUCUCGGAGACUGUAACAACAGACUUGCGGCAGAAAGUCCCACACGCAGGCGCACAAUCGCAACUCAAUACCACGAUAGUGCUACAACAAAAUCAACAAAUGGACUUGCAGACAACAAUUAUGAAAGAAAAAGACAGAAAUGAAGACCCGCUGUCUCGAGUUAAUAUUAAGAACAUUCAGAAUAAUCUCAUAUAUUCCGGACAAUUGGACUCAAUGAACACAAAAAUAAUAGUAACUGAUGCGAAACCUGAUGUAGCGCCAGGUAUUCAGCUAGAAGCGACAGUGCGAGAGGGACAGUCGAAUAUAUGUUUACCAGAAGCAAACUACGCCAAGCCACAAUGUCCUAUUAAGCUAAAAAGGUUGCAGUCACAAGUUCUCGGGAACGCCGGGAAGAAACGUUAGUUUAAUGCUAACAACUUGAAAUUAAGGAUUCUGAGGGCCGGUUUUAACACUUCCUGAUAACCUGUGAAAUUAUCUGCUAGAUAAACGAUAACUUUUGGUCGCAUAGAAAUACAAAUAAAUGUACUUACAAAAUCAAAAAAAAUUAAAACUAUUUUACGGAUUUUAUCGCGGUUUUUAUAUUAUAAUUUUCUCCCAACGUUUCGAAGACUUUGUAGUUUUUGAAGUUGCAAUCUAUCUAUAGAUAGAUUGGAACUGUGGCCUGUCUCGUAUCGGCCAAACAAAAAGAAACAUAGGGACCCGCCUAAAGAAUAUGUAGCUGACGUGAAACACCGACGCUCUACGAAGCCUACAGUCAUUGAACACUCUGAAGGACACUCUGACUAGGCUAGGCUCAAAUCCUUGACAAAGAUCACCGAUUCGCGAGGCUAUUGAAAUUAAAAACAGCCGUUUCAAUAGGGAAGAUGGUUGGAAGCUUGCACUAGCCUGGAAUCCAGUUCUACAUUUAAUUAAGUCGGAUCCCAAAACACCGCCUGCCAGACUUCGAGACACAGUAAGUUCAUUGUGCGUAGACCGGACCACCAAAAAUUUUAAAAGUUAUAUAGUUGUAAAAUAUAGUUAUAUAUUGUAACUUUUCGGAUGACCAACACCUCAGUCCACCCUGUGACCACGAAGGCUACAAAGUCUUCGAAACGUCGGGAGAAAAUUGUAAUAUAAAUCACCGCAAUAAUUUUAUUUUAAUAACUAACUCUCGCGUUAACAUAAGAAAUCAUUAUACAAAAAAUCAUUUAACUUUAUAUACAGAUUAAUAAGAAUUUAUUAGAAAUUACUGGCAAUGUAAUCUUUUUUCCAAUUCAUGUUUAAUGUAUAUGAGCUUAUGAGUGUAAAUGAAUGUAAAAUAUAAUAAAAUAUGAUAUUAUCAUGUCUACAUUGUUA